CGAGUAUGCUAGUUGUUUUUGUACGUUGCGUUGUGAUUGUAAAGAUUGUUCAAUUAUUUGUUUAAAAAUAUUCGGCGAUGACUUCUAAUAAUUCAAAAUCUUGCGAGGGAUUAGUGGGCGCUUUCCGAAGCAUCGGAGAGAAGACCGCCUCUCUGUUCGAUAGGAAGAAGAAGGACGCUGAACAGAUCGCUGCAGAAAAGGCACAAGAGGCUGCGCACGUCGUUGAAGACCAGGUCAAGAAAGCUGGGGAGAUUAUCGGAGGAGCCCAGAAGACCGCCACUGAAGCUGCUGGUACAGCCGCUGACGCGAAGCACUCCGCAAUUGACGCCCUCGACAAAGAACUCUCGAAGGUGUCUCUUGCUGCUGGAGAGGCGGUCGAUGCAGCCAACAAAGCAGUCGCCGACGGCAAGAAAGUCGUCGACACCACAAAAGAUACGCUUGCAACGACAGCAGAAAAUACCAAGAAAGCAGCUGAAUCAGCAGUGAACACGGCUAAAGAUUCGAUCAGUAAUACAGUAGACAACUCAAAGAGUGCUGCCCAGUCAGCCGUGGAUACCGGUAAAGUUUACAUCGACAGUGCUAAAGAUAAAAUUCAUGGCACUGUAGAAAGUACAAAAUCGGCUGCUCAAUCCGCACUAGACACAGGAAAAAAUUACGCUAGUAGUGCAAAAGACACAUUGGCUAGUGGCUUACAGAGUACUGUAGACACAACAGCAAAAGUAACGCAGUCCACAUUCGAUACUGGCAAAACUUAUGCUGUUGGUGCAAAAGAUACAGCACAGAGUACUUUCCAAUCGGCAUACGACGCGUCAAUGACCGCAGCUUACUCUGUGUUCGACAUCGGAAAGUCAUAUUUAGAUAAUGCCAAAGAUACAGUAGCGAGCACAGUAGAUAGUACAAAGAAAUCAGCUCAGAGCACAUUUGACGCGGGGAAAAGUUACGUGGAUUCUGCCAAAGAUACAAUACAGAGCACGCUACAGAGCACUGUAGAUACGACAAAAAAUGUAGCCAACUCCGCCGUUGAAACCGGGAAGACCUAUGUGAACACUGCCAAAGACACCGUUGCAAAUACAGUCCAUACAACAGUAGAUACAACAAAGAAUGUCGCGGCUUCAGCUGUAGAAAAGGGCACUGGCUUGAUUGGCACUGCAAAACAUACGGUAGCAAACACAGUAAAUACAACAGUAGAUACAACAAAAAAUGUCGCGGCAUCAGCUGUGGAGAAGGGCACCACUUUAAUAGGCACUGCUAGAGAUACUGUAGCAAACACCGUUCAUACCACUGUAGAUACGACUAAAAAUGUUGCCGCUUCAGCAGUUGAAAAGGGUACUACCCUAAUUGGUAGUGCUAAAGACACAGUAGCAAACACAGUAAACGCCACUGUAGAUACAACAAAGAACGUAGCUGCUUCCGCAGUAGAAAAGGGUUCCUAUGCCAUUGGUACUGCAAAAGAAACUGUAGCGAAUACAGUAAAUGCGACCGUAGACACAACUAAGAAUGUAGCUGCUUCUGCAGUAGAAAAGGGCACAUUCCUGAUUGGUGCUGCUAAAGAUACAGUAUCAAACACCGUACACACAACCGUAGAUACGACCAAAAAUGUCGCUGCAGCAGCUGUAGAGAAGGGCACAACUCUUAUUGACACAGCUAAAGACACAGUCUCAAAUACAGUUCACUCAACUGUAGACUCGACUAAAAAUUUAGCGGCUUCCGCUGUCGAAACUGGUUCAUCAUACAUAGGAUCAGCUAAAGAUACUGUAUCUCAAACUGUAGAUAAGACUAAAAAUGCUGCGGCAUCAGCUGUAGACACAGGUUUUUCAUAUGUUGGGGCUGCUAAAGACACCGUAGCUAACACUGUCCAUAGUACAGUAGACGUGACAAAAAAUGUAGCAUCUUCCACUUUUGACAAAGGCGUUUCAUUCGUAGGAAGUGCUAAAGAUACGUUGGCCCACACUGUAGAUUCCACCAAAACCGUAGCAGCAGCCGCUUUUGAUAAAAGUGCUUCUUUGUACGAUAGUGCCAAAGAUACGGUAUCAAGCACAGUACAAAGCUCAGUCGAUACAACAAAAUCUGCAGCCAGUUCUGUAUAUGAUAAGGGUGUAUCAAUAGUUGGCAGUGCCAAAGAUACAGUAGCAAGUUCAAUGUUUAACACACAAGACACAGACCUCGCCACCGAAACCAAAAACGUUGUAGAAGACGCCGAAGAUGUUAUUGCGAACAAGUUCAAAACGAAAGAAUUCUCGCACCCAUUGCUUGAAGGUUACGAAGUGCCGCUCGAAGAUUCCGUUGAUACCAUAAACACGACUGUAGACACAACGAAGAAGGCGGCUGAAGACGCGAAGGCGCAGGCGCUGAAGGCUGCUGAGGAGGCCAAGGAGAGGGCGAGACUCGCUGCCGAGGCCGCCAAGAACGAGGCUCAGAGGGUAGCAAGCACAGCAGUAGAAGAAUCCAAGAAGGCGGCGGAGAAGGCGGCCGAGGACGCGAGCAAUGCGAUCAGCAGCACCGUCGACAACACUUUCAAGCGUGUCGAAGCCGCUACCGACGAGGGUCUCAAGAACGCUGGACAAGUCGUCGACGCCAAGAUCAAGGACGCUGAUCGAACCUGUCAUCAGCGGCUCACGACGCAUCGCAGGGAGCUGCCGGGCUACUCAGCAAGGGCCUCACCGCCUUCCCCAAGUAGAUUAGCACUUCCCAUCUGUGUGUCUUUGGGAAACUGACAGAAUACUCAGUGACGAAUAUAGAAACAACCCCGAAUGAAUAACAUGGCAGUGAAAUAAUUUUCUUUGAUAUUUUUUGGUUUAAAUACAAUAUUUAUUUCGGUGUUUUAAAAUUUUCUUUUUUAUUGUAACUGUCGUGUUGUUUUGAAGGGUUCAAGAUCAAUGUUUGCUACCAAUAAGCACUUUGCUUCGUUAUAUUUGUUAUAAUAUUAGGAAGUGCUGUCUUUUUUAAAUCGCUUUCACAAAUCGUAAGCAGUUUAAGUUCUAAAUUCGUCACUUUAUUAAACAUGUUAUAGUAAUAUGUUUUGUAAAAAAAAAAAAAUAUUAGUUAUUUGGAAAUUACAAAUUCGUUCAUGUUUUAUUUGAACAAUAUUACAACAAAUAAAUAUAUUAUACAUUAGAUAAAAUAUAUUUGUAUUGAAUGAUAUAUAUUUUUACAAAUUUCUACCAUAUUAUAUGUAAACUAUAAAUCUGUUGGUAUUCCCAAAAAAACAACAUAACCAUUUUGUUUAUAUAAAUGCACAUUAUUCGUAAGUUUUAUUUUAAUUACCUACUCGUACAAUUGUAUAGAUAAUUUAAAUUUAUUUUUAAGUGUCUCACGGCCUGACCCUUCCCUGAUUGCGGAGAGGAAACUUUCUGCAUCCAUUAGAAAGUAGGACUUAGUAUUUUACUAAUACUUCCAAUAUUUCGUUGCCAGGAAAAAUUAAACAUGGCCAAUUUUUAUUUGUCACAAAAUUAGAAAUCUCAUGUCAAUUUCUUUUAUCUAUAGAAUUAAACUUAAGUUACACAAAUGCAUUUAUAUGCAUUUUUUGCAAUUUUCAAAAGUAUGCUUAGCUUAAACCGUCCAUGCAUUAAUAGUUGUUCCUCGACAAAUUGCAUUAAAACUUCUACAAAAUGGUUCUUUGAUUGUGAUAAAAAGCUUGAAAAGCCCUGUUAAUAUGCCAUGUUACAUACAUUACUGCUUGGCAGUAUAUUUUAUGAAAAAAGAUUUAUGUAAGUUAUACAAAAAUCAUGUUUUGCUAUACAAUUUGUAAAUUGCUGAUUAAAAAACAAGAUCUUACGCCUACAUUGUUUGAUGUUGUUUUUUAAUCUACGUUACUAUAUAGAGUAUUAUUAAGGCCUACUAAAUUGACAUACAUAGCUAAAGUCGCACACACUGUGUUUCGUCAAGUAAAACCACUUCAAUGUAAUUGUUUUUCUAUAUGUCUGUGUACCUUCUCGAAUACUUUCGUUAAUUAAUCGUGUAUUUAUGUGCAGUCUAUAGUGAAAUUAUAUCAUUGUGUGUUGUUUAAUAAAUACAUGCCAUCAAAACUCA